AGCGGGUUGUCGGGAGCUGAGCGCUGCGGCGCGGCGGUGGCGGAAAAUGGCUGCUGCGGAGGCGGCGGACACUCAGCUGAUGCUCGGAGUCGGGCUGAUCGAAAAGGACACAAAUGGAGAAGUUCUCUGGGUGUGGUGUUAUCCUUCCACGACAGCUACUUUAAGGAAUUUACUGCUGAGAAAAUGCUGCCUUACAGAUGAAAACAAACUUCUCCAUCCCUUUGUCUUCGGUCAGUACAGAAGAACAUGGUUUUAUAUCACAACAGUGGAAGUUCCAGAUUCUUCAGUUUUGAUAAAGGUGACUCAUUUUUCUAUUGUUCUGACCGCCAAAGAUUUUAACCCAGAGAAAUAUGCCGCCUUCACUAGGAUAUUGUGUAGAAUGUACCUGAAACACGGGAGCCCAGUUAAAAUGAUGGAGAGUUAUAUUGCAGUUCUCACGAAGGGGAUAUGCCAGAGCGAAGAAAAUGGCUCUUUCCUUAGCAAGGAUUUUGAUGCCCGCAAGGCUUAUCUUGCAGGCUCUAUCAAAGACAUUGUAUCUCAGUUUGGAAUGGAAACCGUUAUCUUACACACAGCACUGAUGCUAAAGAAGAGAAUUGUUGUCUAUCACCCCAAAAUAGAAGCCGUCCAGGAGUUCACCAGGACGCUGCCUGCCCUGGUGUGGCACCGACAGGACUGGACCAUCCUGCAUCCCUACGUGCACCUCAGUGCCGACGAGCUGGAAGGCCUGAAGACGUGCCCAGGUUACAUCGCCGGGUUUGUGGACCUGGAGGUGAGCAACAGGUCAGACCUCUACGAUGUGUUUGUGAAUCUGGCGGAGCGCGAGAUUACCAUCGCCCCCCUUGCGAAAGAGGCCAUGACAAUGGGCAAACUGCACAAAGAAAUCGGUCAGCUAAUUGUUCAGUCUGCAGAAGACCCGGAGAAAUCAGACAGCCAAGUUAUACAGGAUAUUUCCCUAAAAACAAGAGAAAUCUUCACCCACCUGGAACCAUUUUCAGAAGUUUCUGGUGAUGGAGAAAAGCUGGUUCUCAAUUUUGAGGCACUAAAGCAAAGACGAUUUCCACCGGCAACGGAAAACUUCCUUUACCAUCUAGCAGCAGCCGAGCAAAUGCUGAAAAUCUGACCGUGUGACAGUGUAUCCCUGAUGAGUGAUAGGAAGCUCUCCACCGUGAUUAUCCACUAACUACGUACGAUGCUGCAAACAGCAAAGAAAUUGUUCUAUUUUUAAUGAUUUAUGUGAAAGUAUUGAGAUUUGACCUGAAAAAGCCCUAAAACACGUAUGAAAACACUUCUGAUGUCCUCCUGGUCAGAUUCGUGCCUGCUGUCGGGGUCGGACCAAGUGCUGUGACCACCGUCUAUGGCGUUAGCUACGGCGUGGGGUCCCGGAGUAAGAGAACAAAAGCUGUGCCAAGUUCUAGUGCAAAUCCCAGCCAUCCCGAAAGCCUUCACUGUUUUCAGUUCCACUUGUCCCGUUGCGUAGCCACAAUGACUGGUUUACUUUCAGAAAGCCGCCUGAAAUUCUGCUUUGUAUUCUUCUAGGAAGAACUUUUAUUCCUCAUGAGGAACUCUACUUUCUGAGCCAAACUACUAAUAAGUUUUCUGCAGAACUGUCUAGAAGAUCAUUCAAAAGAGAUCCUGCAGUUGCACUUUCUUGUAAAAGAAAAAAAUUCUUUCUCUUGGCCUUCGAACAUUUUUGCUUAUAUUAUGAGGAUUUUGCAUAGCUUUUAUACUUGAGUAGACAACUUUAAUAAUCCAUAUUUAUAUUGUCGCAGAAGCAAGCACUCGGCAAACCGAAACCAUCUUAACCCUGUAGCUAGCAACGUUCUUUCGAAAAAGAUGCCAGUCCUUAUGUGAUAGAGCAAAAUAAACCCACUUUGGAUAUAAAUGUCAGUAUGCGCGGAACAGCAACUUUACGUGAUUACAGAGGCUGAGACCGGAGAGUGUCUUCAGACUUCAGUGAAAGUAAUUAGGCCACACGGGAAGGUAUUCUUGUUCAGCGUGUGUACCUUAUUCAUAAUUGGAGCCCUAAAAGUUGCAAAAUGAGCAUGGAGGUUUAAAUUAUGUAUUUGUUCUUUUAUUAUAUGUAUUCAUAUUAAUUAUGAAAAGUUAUUUUACACUCACUACUGCUGUCCUUAGAAAUCUUACCCAGAAAAACGUUUACAAAAAAAUCUUGCCUUUAUUAGAUCAUUGAUUCUUUGUGUUAGACAUUUGUUGAGUAAAAAUAAAAAAUAGCCUUUUCCCCUCCUUCCUUGGGUGGGGCCGGGGAGAAUCUGGAAUGAGAUGAGGUUUACUAAGGCAAACAGUUAAAAAUUAAAGCUGCACUUUAGGAAAACGAA